GCGUAGCUCUGUGUUAGCAUUAGGCCUCUGCGAGGUGCAAGUGCUGUUGCUGUGGUGUGACAUUACGUCAUUCUCAACAAAAAUUACUAACCAGGCUAACAGAGCAUGUCGAAGUCGAAGAAGGGAUGAAUUGAAGUUCUUUGUUGCUAUCUCAGGUCCUUCUUAAAUGGGAAAGGUGCAAAGUCAUAUGGUAGAGAAGGUAAACCAGGCCUUCACAGAUGAGAGGAAAGCACAAAUUAAAAAAAGCUUUUUGUAUUGCAAAGAAAGAGCAUGUGUCUUCAAAGAGGUAACCUUACUUACAAGGAGCAGCUUUCAAAAUGCCAUUAGUGAUUUGAAUUCAAUGUUGGAAAAAUCUUCUGGGGAGAAAGUUUUGUUUCAUAGCAAGGUUCCGGACCGCUUGGAUUGGAAGAAAUCUAUAAGAAUACUAUGCAUUCAGGUUGAUCAGUAUAAUUCAGAUCCAGUGGUGACAAGAUUUAUGAAUAUCAUCCAAUUUUGGACACUUAGAAGUGAGAUAAUUCGCCAGUUUGGUGGCAAGUCAAUCUGUGAUGAAGAAAAUAAUUUUCAGUUUGUUGAUAACGAAGGGGAACUCAUCAAUCCAAAUGAAGAACCAAAUAUUGUCCAGUCUGAUCAUGAGGUGACUGGCCUUUCUUCAGCUCAAAUACUUGAAAGAGCAAAUGAACUGAGCAUGGAAGAUGUAGAAUGCUGUAUUUGUAUGGACAAUAAAUCUGAUGUUUCACUUGCAUGUGCACACAGUUUUUGUAAAGAAUGCAUAGAUACGUGGGCCAGGCCACGGACAGGUGAGCAAAGAACAUGCCCUCAGUGCCGUGCAGUGAUUAAAGCUGAAGAUGAGUAUUGGGUGAUGGCUGAUGUCCCAGACAGAGAGGAAAUGCGGGACUACAUUGCCUCAUUAGCAUCAGGGCUCUGAUGCAGAGAUUCAAGUUCUUUUGAGACAUUUAAUUUGUUGUUGUUUGCCAUCUGUUGUAUAUACAUGAACUCUCCUCUGUAAAUAUUAAUAGCUAUUUAAUUGUAGUUUUUAACUGCUCUUGUUUUAUCAGGUGUUUCAAUACUGGGGAUAGGGGGCCACAUUUCCAAGUUACUCCAAAUUCCUCCACAUCUCCAAGUUGAACCCAAGAAACUAUAUAUCUUUUUUGCUAACCUAAAAGCUCCAUGGGGAUGGCUCAACAAUACUUGUGGUAAAGAGUUUGAAGGAAGCUAUGGGGAAGUUUUUCAGAAUGUUUGCAUUCUUGGCAUUGGCUUUUCAAGUCAACCCUUCUGCCUGAAUAUUUUGUCAUUCCACAUAGUAUAAUGAUGUUGAUAUUUCAUUUAUAAAUGUGAGCAAUGAAGUCUUACCUUGAAAUCAGGAGGCCUUAUGUAGGAUGCAGCCAUCUUGAACUCGGGAGGCCUAGGCAUCUAAAACUCAAAAGUUAUAUCUCUUGAAAGAUAUUAUGUUGCCAAAUUUCAUGCCUAGAAAUAUUAAACCUGGAAACAUCAAGGUUUUCACUGCACCUGCCCUUAUCCCAAAGAAGCUUACCUCUUAUUAUAUGGGCAAUAGCAAAGGUUAGUUGUUAAUAGUUAGCCUUUAUUUCAUAGUGAAUUAGUCAGGUUUUAUCAAAAAGGAAAUCCAUUACAAGAAAGCAAUAUUAUUUUGCAUUAUUUUCUUGCAAUAAUGCAUUCUCAGUAAAGUUUAUCUAGACCAACUCUAUAUAUUAGACAUCAUUCAAUUGGUGGAUGCGCAUCUUUGGCCAUUUGUUAGUCAAUUUCAUACAUUGGCAAACAGAAUAGAUUAUCACUAUAUUUUGAUAAUUAUUCACCAAUAGAUAAACGAUAUUUAAUAUCAUAAAUUAGUUUUCGGCAGAGCUUUAGUAAACAUCAAUCAUUUUUCACAUGUUACUGAUUUCAUUUUUCUAGUUUGAUUUUUUCAAAACUUUAAUGAAUACUCUUCAUAUAAAA